GCUCCGCGGCCGCCGCCCCACCCCGCCAGGCCUCGCCGCCGCGAUCGCGCCCCGCCAGCCCGCAGCCCCCGGUGACUUCCCAGGGACCAUGCUGCGCUGGCUGCGGGCCUCCGCGCUGCCCACGGCCGCCUGCCACGACGCGGAGCCGCCCACACGCUACGAGACGCUCUUCCGGGCGCUGGACCGCAAUGGGGACGGCGUGGUGGACAUCAGAGAGCUGCAGGAGGGGCUGCGGAGCCUGGGCAUCCCACUGGGCCAGGACGCCGAGGAGAAAAUUUUCACUACUGGUGAUAUCAACAAAGACGGGAAGCUGGAUUUUGAAGAAUUUAUGAAAUACCUGAAAGACCAUGAGAAGAAAAUGAAGUUAGCAUUUACAAGUUUGGACAAGAAUAAUGACGGGAAAAUUGAGCCUUCCGAAAUUGUCCAGUCUCUCCAGAUGCUGGGCCUAUACAUUUCUGAAAAACAAGCAGAGUUGAUUCUUCAAAGCAUCGACUCUGAUGGGACAAUGACAGUGGACUGGAAUGAAUGGAGGGACUACUUCUUAUUUAACCCUGUGACAGACAUUGAGGAAAUCAUCCGUUUUUGGAAACACUCUGUUGGAAUUGACAUAGGGGAUAGUUUGACUAUUCCGGAUGAAUUCACAGAAGAUGAGAAGAAGUCAGGACAGUGGUGGAGGCAGCUCCUGGCAGGAGGCGUGGCUGGCGCCGUCUCAAGAACCAGCACCGCACCUUUGGAUCGCCUCAAGGUCAUGAUGCAGGUUCAUGGUUCCAAAUCAAUGAAUAUAUUUGGAGGCUUUCAGCAGAUGGUAAAAGAAGGAGGAAUACGGUCCCUUUGGAGAGGAAAUGGCACAAAUGUUAUUAAAAUCGCUCCUGAGACAGCUGUUAAGUUCUGGGCUUAUGAACAGUACAAGAAGUUGCUUACUGAGGAAGGACAAAAUAUAGGUACCUUUGAGAGGUUUAUUUCUGGUUCGAUGGCUGGAGCAACUGCGCAGACUUUUAUUUAUCCCAUGGAGGUUUUGAAAACCCGGCUAGCUGUAGCCAAAACUGGACAAUACUCUGGCAUUUAUGGCUGUGCCAAGAAGAUUUUGAAACAGGAAGGCUUCGGGGCUUUCUACAAAGGCUAUGUUCCCAAUCUACUAGGCAUCAUCCCUUAUGCAGGCAUCGAUCUCGCUGUGUAUGAGCUUUUGAAAUCUUAUUGGCUGGAAAACUUUGCUAAGGACUCUGCUAACCCUGGCGUGAUGGUGCUGCUGGGCUGUGGAGCGCUAUCCAGCACCUGCGGGCAGCUGGCCAGCUACCCCCUGGUUUUAGUGAGGACUCGCAUGCAGGCACAAGCCAUGGUGGAAGGAGCCCCACAGCUGAACAUGGUGGGCCUUUUUCAGCGAAUCGUCUCCAAAGAGGGAAUGCCAGGACUUUACAGAGGCAUUGCCCCAAACUUCAUGAAGGUGCUCCCCGCUGUUGGCAUCAGCUAUGUGGUAUACGAAAAUAUGAAGCAGAUGCUAAACAUAGCUCAGAAGUGACCAGUCCACACCUUUGCUUUUCCAUGAUGACCAAGACUGUCAGUGCUCUCCAGUGACAAAUGGGAUUGCAGCAAGUCUGUCAGAAAAAAAAGAGUAUCUGUGAUCACUGCAGGCGUUUGGGUUUGGUUUUAUACCUUCAGUAAUGUGCAAAAUCAUAUUUUCAAUAAGUGAAGCACACAAUUUAGUUUUGCUGAUAAAGAUCUGUGCCCUGUACCUUAAACCUGAAAAUGUACUGGCUUGAGAUGAAAUAAUUUUGUGUGGUAGGAUUACAGUCACCAAUCUCUGUUCUGAUUGGUUCAAGAUAAUGCCAACUUGUUUACAGCCAAGUGUUUUUUUUUUUUUUUAAACAAAAUGAUCAGAAAACCGUGGGACAUAAAUUGUAUAUAUUUUAGAUGUCUUUAUAGACCUGAAAUUCCCUGACAGAAACAUUAGUAGAAAGAUCACUGUAUUUAAAAUCAACCUUAUGUGGUUUAUAAUCCUCAUCUGUAAGCAGAAUAGGAAUGAAGUAUAGAAGCCAAAUUUGUGUGUGGAGGAGCAGUAAGAUAAUAUUUGUUCCAGUGGACAUGCUUCUUUUCUACUUGCAUUACCAUUUGGUCCUCAAUUUUAGAAUUUGAUUGUUAUAUAUAUUGCUAAAUUAUUAUUUGGAAGAUCCUAUUUAUUCUGUCAUUGCUUUGAAAAACAUCAAUGAACAAAACCGUUGACUUGCACCAUUUCCUAGAGAGCAUCUUGGUUUUGUUUUUGUUUGUUUGUUUUUAGUUUUUUAAUCAAAUUCUCUUAACCAGGAAGGUUCCUUGGAACCUUUAUAGUAAUCUGAAAUUGCUCUUUUUAUGACUUGAGUGUUGAUUUCGCUUCCCUCCUGCUGUUGAAGUCUUUUGAACCUUUGCUUCUCAGAUAGGGUGACACAGGAUAAGACACCAGCAUAGUUCGAUAGUGGUAUGUGUUCAUCUUACUCACUUUAACAAAAGGCUCAAUCUGUAAACUUAUACAUAUAUAUUUUCACUUGUCUCAAGAUUUAGGAAGAUGACAGAAAAAUGAUAGUAUCAAUAGUAUUUCAAUUUUUUACAAAGCUGAUUUUGUAGUCAAUUAUCUUUUAUGAUUUGUUUUUAUUAGAACUUUAAAAAGUUUUAUUUCUUCUAUAAGAAGAUAUUUGAUAUUCUUAGCCUGAUAGUAUUGGCAUACACCUUUAAUCACAGCACUCAGGAGGCAGAGGCGGGCAGAUCUCCGAGUUCAAGGCCAGUCUGGUCUAGAGAGAGAGAGAGAGAGAGAGAGAGAGAGAGAGAGAGAGAUCCAAGACAUCCAGGGCUACACAGAGAAACCUAUCUCAAAACACUAAAACAAAACAAAACAAAAGAGAUAGUUUUAGCAUUUUAAGAUUUAGUCCGUAUACUUAUUUGGUUUCUGGUAAUUUCUGUUAUAAUAGCUUUCUGAAAUAUCUAGUGACAUGGAAGUCGUUGCCUUUAACCUACCUACCUCUUUUAUUUUUUGAACCAAAGAGAAAAGAUGGUCGUGUGUUUAUGAAACUUAUUCUAAAAUAUAGUUUGAUGUGUUCUCCUGAUACCUGUUAUUUUCUCGGUAUUUUUAUACUGCGUAAGGAAAGGAAGGGACCGCACUUUGUCUUUAGGGUUACUGUACUUUUGAGUAAUACAUAGAAUGACAGUAUUAAAGUACACGAUUCAUUCCUGUUUUGCUCAUAACAAUUAUGGAAAUGCAUAAUUCUGUGAAUGUUUUUGGAAUCUCCUGCUGGUGAAAACUAUGAAAAUAUUCAUAGCUCAUAUGACAUUAGAUUGUCCUCUGUUGAACAUGUGUAACGUAUGACUGAUUUACCUGUGCAUCUUGUAUCUUUUGGAGAAAAAAAACCCUCCUGUUGAAGACACCUUAUCCUGCUAUUGCUACACAGUUACUGCUCAUUUGUAUUAAAGAUAUUUGUCUGUUUUUAAAAUGA